AAAUAAUGAAUUGUGGUGACAGUUACAAGUCAUUCGAUGAAGAAUGUGAUAUCAAUGAUGAAAUCCUUAGUGAAGGCCUGGUAAAAGUGAACCAGGUUUUAUCAGUAAAUAUUCAUGAAACGAACCCUUUGGUAGAUCCAAAGGAAAGCGUUUCAGAAUUUUUAUCACCAGAAAACCUUGCUAUUUUCCAAAAGCAUGAGGAUUCCUCCAAGGAGAAUACAAAGGUCUUGGAUGACAAGACUAAAUUUUCUGGACAAUUUAAACUAGAUCAUUGAGACUCUAAGUCGGAAAAGUUGGAUAGUGGAGUUGAACAGUUUUUAUUAAAGAUGACCCAAAAAGAACCCUCCACAGCUAUUCUUAAAAACAUCCAAAGGAUCAACAGGAGCGCUAAACUAAUAAAUCUUCGCAAAACCUACGCAUCUAGGCCGUAACUCUCUUCUAUAUACAGUUUCAU